GUUGGGAUGGGCGUGGCCGCGCCGGACAAGAGCUGGCGUGGGCGGAGCUGGCCAGCGGGCGCGGGAGGAAGUCACGUGGGCGCGCGGGCUCACAUGACUGGCCGCGCGAUGGACCCGCUGCCCUCGCCGGCAGUCGCUGCGGCAGCUGAGGCGGAGGCUGACGAGGAGGCGGAUCCGCCGGCGACAGGCCCACGAACAUCCCAGGUCACUGAGCGGCGUGACCUGGACCCUGGGCGAAUGCAGAUGCCGCAGGGGAAUCCGUUGCUGCUGUCCUACACCCUGCAGGAACUGCUGGCCAGGGACACAGUGCAGGUGGAACUCAUCCCCGAGAAGAAGGGCCUAUUCCUCAAGCAUGUGGAGUAUGAGGUUUCCAGCCAGCGCUUCAAGUCCUCCGUGUACAGACGCUACAAUGACUUUGUUGUCUUCCACGAAGUGCUGCUUCACAAGUUCCCGUACCGCAUGGUGCCAGCCCUUCCACCCAAGAGAGUACUGGGAGCUGACAGGGAGUUCAUCGAGGGCCGCCGGAGGGCCCUGAAGCGCUUCAUCAACCUGGUGGCCCGGCACCCGCCCUUCUCAGAGGAUGUGCUCCUCAAACUCUUCCUCUCUUUCAGUGGCUCAGAUGUUCAGCACAAGCUCAAGGAGGCAGCCCAGUGCGUGGGAGAUGAAUUCACGAACUGUAAGCUGGCUGCUAGGGCCAAGGACUUCCUUCCAGCUGACAUCCAGACCCAAUUUGCCAUGAGCCGGGAGCUGAUUCGAAAUGUCUAUAACAGCUUCUACAAGCUUCGAGACAGAGCCGAGCGGAUAGCAUCCCGGGCCAUCGACAACGCUGCUGAUCUUCUCAUAUUUGGGAAGGAGCUCAGUGCUCUAGGCUCUGACACAACCCCUCUGCCGUCCUGGGCUGCUCUGCACCUCAGCACGUGGGGCUCCCUGAAGCAAGCACUCAAGGGCCUAUCCGUGGAGUUCGCACUGCUUGCAGACAAGGCUGCUCAGCAGGGUAAAAAGGAGGAGAAUGAUGUGGUGGAGAAGCUGAACCUCUUCUUGGAUUUACUGCAGUCCUACAAAGACCUGUGUGAACGACAUGAGAAGGGUGUGCUUCACAAGCAUCAGCGGGCACUGCACAAGUACGGCCUGAUGAAGAGGCAGAUGAUGAGUGCCGCGCAUGGCCGAGAGCCCGAGUCUGUGGAACAGCUCGAGUCACGUAUAGUGGAGCAGGAGAAUGUGAUCCAGACCAUGGAGCUCCGAAACUACUUCUCCCUGUACUGCCUGCACCAGGAGACACAGCUCGUCCACGUCUACCUGCCUCUCACCUCGCACAUCCUGGGGGCCUUCGUGAACUCCCAGAUCCAAGGGCACAAGGAGAUGAGCAAGGUAUGGAAUGACCUGAAGCCGAAGCUGAGCUGUCUCUUUGCUGGACCUCACAGCGUGUUGACGCCACCACGCUCCCCACAGGAGGAUGGUGUGUGUCCCCACUAGUGGCAAGGCCCACAACAGAGCUCCCUGUGGCCUCACUAAAUCCUCUUUGCAAACAGUGUGUCCCUGGCUGAUUCCCUCCAGGCAGCAGCCAUUGCCCUGAGCUGCCUGUGGGCCGUGCUGGUGGUCUCUGUGUCUCCCUGCUCCUGGGCAGGUCUGUGCUCCCAGCCCGCCCCAUGGCCUGUUGAUCGGGUCAGUAGUGGGAAAUUGGGGUGCUUUGGAAUGGAUUGUGCCCAAUGCCCACAGUGCUUAGGGCCUUUUGUAACCAGCAAGUGGUGUCUGGGGGAGUGUGGAAUGGUCACUGAGUGCUGGGAGAGCCUCGGGCUUAACCUAGCAGCGAAGAAGUGGGAAGGCUAGCCUGCCCUGGGGCUUGGCAGUACUGCCUGGUAGGGAGUUGGCCAGUCUCUGAGGGUGGGCCUGUGACUACAGUCUUGCGACUGCAGACAUUAUGGGAGGUAUAUUAGAGGCCAGGCAGGAAGUAGGAGUGUGCAGUGGUUUGGUGCUUUGGAGGACAUGUUUCAUUCCAGUGCUGGCUGUGAAGCCCUGGUCCAAGGCCUCUCAGGGUCCACGGUGGGUGAGGGUUCAGGGUCCUUUCUUAUGUUUCGGAGGGUGGGAGUGAGGAGGGGUUUGUGGAGGAGCACUGGAGAUGGGUAUCCUUGUAGUGUGCCCAGGCCUCAGGGUCAAGAGUAUGGGCCACUUCCCACCAGGCUGUCAGGAAGCAGGUUCCACCUGGAUGUGAACAGCUUCCUUACUGGCCCGCUCUCUUGCCCCAGCCCACUCUCCUACCCCAGUGCUUUGAGUGCUCUAAGGCCACCAGAGCACGGCAGUAGAGCCUGCCUUUUCUCACAUAGUCACUCCUUGCCUGAGCUGUGGGUGCCUGAUUCCAAAGGUUCCAUCCUUAGGGUGCAAGGGAGCCAAGAGUCCCUGUACCCUUCUGGCAUCCUGCUGCCCAAGCUGUGUGCCACACCACCGUUCUUGGAGCUGCCAGAAAGAUGGGAAGCACAAGUAUUGACAGGUCUCCUGCCUGCUUGCUCCUUUUCCUGAGCUGAGCAGGGGCCCUUAACUGGACAGCCUGGGACCAGCACAGUGGGAGCGAAGGGAGCUCUCUGUGGGUGCUUCCUGCUCUGUGUUAGCCUGCCCAGAUGAAGAGCUAGGCAGGUCAACAGGGCUCUGUGACAUUGCUGUGGGGACUCUGGGCUGAAGGAGUCAGGAAGCUGGUGCUGUGGGAUUCGGCUGGAUGAAUGAAGCACUUUAUGGACUGCGGGAAUCAGUUACUGCCACACCCAAUAAACUGGAAGUGUUUACA